UGGUGCUGUAUGUUUUCACCGACAUCUGACAUUUUUAAAAACUACCAUGGCGGCACAACCGGUGUUAGUGUUUUGGCUUUUUUCUCUUCCCAAUGUUUUCUAACGUUAAUUUGUGCCUUUUCAGUCAAUUUCUCGUGUUUCCGUGAAAAACGGUUAUGUAAACUUUUUGAUUGUUUUCAUGAUGUCGGGUUCAAAGAGCCAAGGAACACCCGAAGUUCUAAUGCAGUUGGACAAAAAUGAGCUGCAAAGCAUCAAAGUGAAGAUUACUAGAAGAAAUGUUAACAAGCCGUAUAAUACGGCCCUUCUUCAGCGGGGUUUGGAGGACCCCGCUGACCUUAAAGUUCAUUUAAGACCUGAUGAAGGCGUCCGCCCCAUUUUUGACCGCGAAGACGUCCGUGUAAAUCUCAGAUUUAGUGAUAGCCCCCCUGUAAAUCCCCCAAAACCCGGAAACGACAAAGCCAGGAGUCGAAGUCCGGCGAGACAUCGCAGUCCCCAGCCCCACACCUCCCGGGAUUACCCCAGACGUCGUGAUUACCACUCACCGAGACAUCGACGUAGUAGUUCACGGUCGAAAAAAGUGGUUUACAAGACUUCGCCCCCUCGUUACAGACGUAGCAGAUCGCCGAGGCGAAGCCGCGACAGGUCCCCCAGAGACAGGUACCGGAGGCGUACUCGGAGCCCCUCCCCCUAUCGCCGGUCCCGGUAUAGUAGAUCGCCUGAUUACCGACGGUAUGACCGGCGGAGUCGUUCCCCCAAAAGGCACAGAUACACUCCCGAGAGAGAUAGACAUGAAAUCGCGUACCAACCGGCGGGGAUUCCCCCCUAUUUACAAGGGCCUGAAAUGUGGAUACCUGCUCCGAGGAUUCCACCGAUGAUACCGCCGAUGGCUUUUCCGUACCCCCCUUUGAGGCAUCCGAUGAUGUAUCGGGGGCCCCCUUUCAGGCCUAGGAUUAUUUAUAAUAAUCCCAGACCUAGAGUGACGCAAGCCAUUGCAAGUGCGACUGUUACAACAACCACGACAACGGCAACGCCUGAAGUUACGGAGUGUGAGAGUGAAGGACAGAACGAUAAUAAUGUAACUGAAGAAACGACUGAUGAAAAUAAAUAGUUUAUGUAUUACAAAACGCACGACCUACUUGAUGGAUAGCUAAUUUUGCGGCGGGUUUUGAAAAAUAAUAGAGGGCGCCACGUUAAGGGAAUGUGUUGAAAUUCACCACAUUUAAGCUGUCAAUUUCCCAGAUUGCUAGAUUUUUUAAACAGGUGAAUAAAAAUACCGGGUGUCUUUUAAAGUCAGAGGCAAAAAAGUCUGAUUAUUGGCACCACGGCUAUCUUGUUAUUAUAACAAUUUGGUAUUUUUUUGUUACGGAUUAGCAAUAUUUCGAGUUUUUUACUCAAAACAUGCUCAAACACUUGAAAAAAAAAACAAGAAUUACAUGAUCUUCGAACAUAUCUUGGUUUGUUUAAAAAAAAAAAACAAUUCCGAAGUCAUAUAACAAAAUACCAAAAACAGGAUAUUCCAAAUUACAUCGCCCACCAAAAAAUAAAUACCUAACAUCAUAGCUUUAAAGCUGAUAAGAAACGAAACCAAAUCAUUUUUUUUCUACCGUUUUCUUCCUUUUUUAAAAUAGUAUAAGUAACGCAUAUACAACUUAAAAAAAUGAAUUAAUAGCUUGUGUUUGCUCGAUUCUAUUCGACUCACAAAAAUCUGGGUUGUUGUGAUUUUUCAAAUUAAACAUAGCUCUGACUUGUCAAUUAAAACUUUGUAUUUAGAUGAUAUUUAGUCUUCAGCACAUCGUAUUAGAACUUUUGUUACUCUCUAAAAUAAAAACCUUUAAUUGUCCGUUUGGAGAGGUGUCCGCUAAUGGGAGGUUUUGUUACGUUCCUACAAAAAUGUCCGUUGUGAAGGGGUGUCCGUUCAGGAGGUUACACUGUAUUAAGUAAUCGUUACAAAGGCGCGAACAAAGUGGUUUGUCUGAUUCACUGAUUUGUUGCUAGAUUGCUUAACUAUUUUUUUUGUAUCUGAAAUAUAGAGGUGCAUGUUGCUGUCCAAAUCUCUGAAAUAUUUUUAGAUUCAUUCUUUUUUAGAAAAUAAUAUUUUGUUUUCGCGUUCAUCUUUUCUUGAUUUUUCUAAACUGAAGUAAGUAGUCUUUAAAACAUCCGUAUCCUCACUUACAGACUUCACAAGGCAUUGUUUUGGUAGAAUUUAACAGCUUAUUCACCGACUUUUUUAACUGAUUUAUUUAGAUAAGAAUUGGUUUGUUAUAUGGAGGUGAAUGACAGUAGCGUAUAAAAAUAAAAAACACCGAAUUGUAAAUCGUUUAAUUAGAAAAAAUCCUGAUUUAAAAUAAGUUAUAAAACACAAUUCAAUUGAUGACAAGUUUGAGAAAAAUUCAUUUAAACGCAACCGUGUCCAACAUCGCCCCUAAACACUGUACAAUAUUAUUAGUCAUCAACAAAUCAACUUUCUCCUCAAGAUGCCGUUUCGGAUCCUGUUUCCCGACAUUUUUAAUCGCCAACUGCUCCGGCGUCAUCUUCUCCUCUUCCUCCAGCGCCUUGUUAUAAUUUUUGGCCAAUUCUAAAACAUCAGCGACUGUUUUUUCAUUAAUCCCGCAAUUAUUUUUAUAAUCUGCGAGGAUUAAGCCAUCCAUCCACGACUUCUUAUGCAGAUUGAGUAACAUCUUUUGCUCUAAUUCAUUCUUCCGGUAGUUUAUACUAAUAGAGUAGUAGUGUCUGUUCAAACCGUGAAUCAGCGCUUGAACUGACGGCUUCUGCAAGUGCCCCAAAUUGGACGUCGUCUGGCGGGGCUCCUGCCCCAGGACCAUCAUAUUCGGGUUGAUUAACCUAAAGGCAUCGAUGACGACUUUGCCCUUGACUGACUGGAUGGGGUCCACGACCACGGCCACCGCCCGCUCACUCAGGGCUUCAAACGACUGCUGGGUGUUGAUAUCCACCCCCGACAGCCAGCACCCGAACCCGGGAUGGGAGUGGUACCACCCGACGACCAUCUCCGGGCGGCCCGUUUGGCGCAACAUGUCCAGCAUUUUGGCCUGGAAGACGGGGUCCACGGCCUCCACACUGACCCCAGUCCCGGUCUGGGGCAUCGCGAACACGUCGAUCACCCUCACGGUGUAGUCAUCAACGAAUUCACCUGAAGUUUUCGGUAAAAUUGAUUGUGCAAAGUCAUGAUGGAACUCACCCAACAUCAGGCCCAUGACUUCCAUGGGGACCCCAGCCCGGCCAUGCUUCAACAUCUUCAAAAGGGCCAACGACGAGAUGUACACUUGCUCGGCCGUGUCCACCACGGGGGCGUCCGACGGAGGGGGCGCCUGAGACAGGCCCGGCAUUCCGCCACCCAAACGAAGCAAACGAUCCAUUUUACUCAACUAAACACAAAUUCAAGAUUCUGUCAAAAA